UCCCUCCCUCACCCCUCAUUCUCUGUCUUUUUAUUUUAUUUUUUAUUAUAUGAUUACCUAAAUUCCCAGCAAAACAAUCUCCCUCCGCUCUUAACUUACUGAUCCACCAUCCUACAUUCUGUUUGCCUCCAUAUAUUUUUAAUUAAUUAAACUUAAAACCCACUUCUCUCUCCGAGUUUUACUAUCAGAAAUGUUGGAUUUAACAACAAUUAUUGAACCUUACUUCCAAUACUUGAUCUUUGCAAUUCUCAGUGGGCUUGAUCUUUGCAAUUCUCAGUGGGUGGAUUACUUUGCGUUUAGGAAAAGACUAAUUAAUGCUUCCCACGCUCUUCCUCACACACAAUCAUCACAAGGAAGUGAACAACUAACUAAUAUGGUGGAUAGUAGUAGUGAUGACAGAGUCAGAUCCUCAUCUGUUGACGCUGCUAGAUUUCACAAGGAAUAUGGACUUGAUGGAUUGGAAUUUGAUUCCAAAGAGGAAGCAUUUUCGUUCUACAAACAAUAUGCCAAAUCUGCAGGCUUUUCUACCAUAAUAAAAGCUAGCCGUCGUUCAAGAAUAUCUGGAAAGUUCAUCGAUGCAAAAUUUGUAUGUACUAGAUAUGGAAAUGACCCAGAGUCUCCUCUACCUGCAUUUGCCACAACCAUUCCUGUCAAGAAGAAAAGAGGCAGACUUAACCGAUCAUGGUCUAAAACAGACUGCAAAGCUGGUAUGCAUGUUAAGAGAAGGCAAGAUGGAAGGUGGAUUGUUUGUAGUUUCAUAAAGGAGCAUAACCAUGAUACAUUCCCGGACCAAGGAUAUUAUUCCAGAGGUCAUACACCUUUAGCUCUAGGUAACAGUGAUGUCAGUGCUACCGCUGGAAGAGCUAAAAAAAUGCAUCUUGCCACCUCCACACAAUCUGGUGGGCACAAGAAACUUGAUCAUCAUACAGCUGGUGACUCAAAUCGAUUACGUAGCUGUCAGCUAUUGGGUUUAGAGGAGGGGGAUCUUCAAGUUUUACUUGAUCGUUUUAACCAUAUGCAAGAUGAAAAUCCCAACUUCUUUUACGCAAUGGACCUCAAUGAAGAACAGCGCUUGAGAAAUGUGUUUUGGAUUGAUGCCAAAGGGAGGCUUGAUUAUGGCUAUUUUGAUGAUGUGGUUUUUCUUGACACCACAUAUAUCAAGAAUGAUUUUAAACUACCAGUUGUGCCCUUCAUUGGUGUAAAUCAUCACCUUCAGUUUCUGUUACUUGGUUGUGCAUUAGUUGCUGAUCAAACAAAAUUAACUUAUGUCUGGUUAAUGCGAGCAUGGCUUAGAGCAAUGGGUGGAAAUGCUCCUAAAGUGAUACUAACUGAUCACGACAAAGCAUUGAAAGCAGCUGUAGUAGAGGUCUUUCCUGAUUCCCGUCAUUGUUUUUGCUUGUGGCAUAUACUUAACAAGAUACCUGAGAAGCUUGGUAAUGUCCUGGGGCAACAUGAAAAUUUCAUGGCCAAAUUUGAUGAAUGCAUCUCUAAAUCCUAUAUGGAUGAACAGUUUGAAAAGAAAUGGUUGGAAUUGGUUGAUGCGUUCAACUUAAGAAAUGACCUCUGGUUUCAAUCGCUGUAUGAAGAUAGUAAAAAGUGGGUGCCAACCUAUAUGAGAGGCGUUUUUCUUGCAGGGAUGUCCACAGUGCAACGAUCAGACAGUGUGAGCUCUCACUUUGACAAAUAUCUACAAAGGAAAACCAUGUUAAAAGAGUUCUUGGACCAGUAUAAAACAAUUUUGCGAGAGAAGCCUGAAGAGGAAGCUAAGGCUGAUUUUGAAACUGGGCAUAAACCACCUGGAUUGAAAUCUCCUUCACUUUUUGAGAAACAAAUGGCACCUUUGUACACACAUGCAAUAUUUAAAAAAUUUCAGGUUGAGGUUUUGGGAGGAAUUGCUUGUCAUCCAAUGAAGGAAAGAGAAGAGAAAGGCACUAUGACUUUUAAGGUUCAAGACUUUGAGAAAAAUCAAGAAUUCAUUGUGGUGUGGAAUGAUACAACAUCAGAUAUAUCUUGUUUAUGUCGUGGUUUUGAAUUUAAUGGUUUUCCUUGUCGACAUAUGCUGAUUAUUUUACAGUUGUCUGGGGUACAAAGCAUCCCUUCACAGCUUAUAUUGAAACGUUGGACAAAGGAUGCAAAGCAUAGUCAAACUACAGGAAAACAGUCUGAUGUUGUUGAGACUAGAAUGCGACGUUACUAUGACCUUUGCCAACGAGCCUUUAAAUUGGGUGAUGAAGGAUCUCUGUCUCGAGAGAGUUACAAUAUUAUAUUCAAUGCUCUGGAAGAAGCAUUGGGAAAAUGCAAGAGUGUCAAUUACACAAUUCAGAAUAUUACAGGACCAAUGUCAGUGGAAACUCAAGGCCCUCAUCACUUUGAAGAAGAGAACCAAAAUAGCAGCACUACCAAGGAAGUAAAAAGGACUAAAACGACCCUUAGAGAGGGAUAUCCAGAAACAGAGAUCUCAAACACUGGGAGAUGCGAUAGCUGGCAACAACUGGGUCUAUCAAAUAUACGAGUUCCGAGUCUUGAAUGUUCUUAUGAGUCGCAAGAGAGCAGGCAUAGGAUGGAACUGCAUUCAAGAACUCUCAAUAGCUAUUUCGGCACCCAACAACUUAUGCAGGGACAGUUGAGCUCUACUGGUCGACCACACGAUGCUUGCAUUACUCAACAAAGAAUAAAUGGGAUGGGGCAGUUACCCUUCAGACUGCAAAGUAUUUCCAGUUGUUAUGACAUUCAGGAUGGUUUACAAGACAUGGACCAGCCUAAUGCAGGAUCCUCUCAGUUGCUCGGCAUGGCAUCAAAAAAGCUGCAUUCCAAACACAUCUCUAAAUAGGUGACACUAUAGAGCCAGUCUAACAAAAGUAGGUUGAGUGUUGAGAGAAUUCACAACAAGGGCUGCUUGAUAUACCAACUUGAAGAUGCUAACAAACACACACACACAUAUAUACGUAUGUAUGUAUAUAAUUUCUUUUACUAUUAGUGUAUUUUUCAUGAUUAAUUCUAGUGUCUCGGUGAGGCUGCCGUAGUAGCACCUAUGCAAAUGAUAUUUUAGCGCUUGGCUUGGUUUGGCUUUAGCUUUUUGGGAAUGAUUUAUGGCCGUCGAACUCUUGUUGAAAGAGGCUUGCCAUUUGUAAAUUAUACAAAUACUGUAUUCUUUUGUUGUACUGAUAAUAAGUUUUAUGUUUCUGAA